AUGCCUCCCGUGGGGCUCGGUGCCCUGCUGCUGGGGGGCCUGGCCCUGCUCGCUUCGGCCGCCCAGCCCCCCAACGUGGUCCUCAUCUUUGCUGACGACCUGGGCUUUGGAGACCUGGCCGGCUACGGGCACCCCACCUCCACCACCCCCAACCUGGACAAGAUGGGGGCGGCAGGCCUGCGCUUCACCAGCUUCUACAGCAGCAGCGCGGUCUGCAGCCCCUCCCGGGCAGGCCUGCUGACAGGGCGCUACCAGACACGCUCUGGCAUUUACCCUGGUGUGCUGUACCCUGGCUCACGAGGAGGCCUUCCAUUGUCCGAGGUGACUGUGGCAGAGCUGCUCAAGGCCCAGGGCUAUGCCACUGCCAUGGCGGGCAAGUGGCAUCUGGGCGUCGGACCCUUUGGAACCCUCCUGCCCACCCACCAGGGCUUUGACCACUACUUGGGUGUGCCCUACUCACAUGACCAGGGCCCCUGCCAGAACCUCACCUGCUUCCCCCCCAACACGUCGUGCUUCGGCAUGUGCGACCAAGGCGUGGUUCACACCCCCCUGUUUUGGAACCUCAGCAUCGUGGAGCAGCCAGUCUCCUUCCCCUUCCUGGAAGCCCGCUACAACGCUUUCGCCCGAGACUUCAUCGCGGCUUGCGCCCGCCGCAACCAGCCCUUCUUCCUCUAUUACGCCUCCCACCACACCCACUACCCCCAGUUUGCGAGCCAGGAAUACACAGGGCGGAGCCCCAGGGGACCCUUUGGAGACGCCCUGCUGGAGCUGGAUGGAUCUGUGGGGGGUCUCUUGCAAGCGCUACAAGACAGCGGGGUGCACAAAAACACCCUGGUCUUCUUCACUUCUGACAACGGCCCGGAGACCAUGCGCAUGUCCCGAGGAGGCAGUUCGGGCAUACUCAAGUGCGGCAAAGGGACGACCUACGAGGGAGGGAUGAGGGAGCCCGCCGUGGCCUACUGGCCGGGCCGCAUCGCUCCAGGGGUGACCCAUGAGCUGGCCAGCACCUUGGACAUCCUGCCGACGUUAGUGGCUCUGGCGGGGGCGCACCUCCCCAACGUCACUUUGGAUGGCUUCGACCUCAGCCCCGUCCUCUUUGGAAGUGGGAAGAGCCCCCGCAAGGCCAUGUUCUACUAUCCGCCAGCUCCCAACCCGCUGCUCGGUGUCUUCGCUGUCCGAUACGGGAAGUACAAAGCCCACUUUUUCACACAAGGCGCCUUCCACAGCGGGACGACCCCUGACCAAGACUGCCACGGGCUAACCCCCCUGGUGCCCCACGACCCCCCUCUGCUCUACGACCUAGAGUCCGACCCGGCGGAGAAUUACAACCUUCUCAAGGAAGCCGUUGUUGGGCCUGAAAUCCUGGCCGUCGUCGAGGAGAUACGCCUGCAGAAGUCCGUUUUUGACGAGCAGAUGAGGUUUGGGGAGAGUCAGGUGGGGCGGGGCAAGGACCCCUCGCUGGAGCCCUGCUGCACCCCCCAGUGCCAAGCCAAGCCUUCCUGCUGCCGCUGUGCCUCUCGCUACACCUGA